UCCACCGCCGCUGAGCUCCAUCACACAGUCAGCGGUAGAAAUCCUCCUCCUCCUCCUUCUCCAGAGCAGGUCGUUGGGGCCUGUGUCCUGUUCUCUGGAGAAUGGAUUAGACCAAUUUUCGUCCACACUUUCUCUGACCAGCUCCUGCCCCUUUCCCUGCAUCGCCAUGGCGCUGUGUGUGCCGGCCUGUUCUCCAGCUGUGAGGCUCUGCCAGAAGCUGAACCGGUUGAAGACGCUGGAGGAUGAUGUGAUGGCCACGUCUCUGAAACGUUGUCUCUCCACCCUGGACCUGGCUCUACUCGGGGUUGGUGGAAUGGUUGGUUCAGGCCUUUAUGUUCUUACAGGAACUGUUGCCAAGGACACGGCUGGGCCAGCUGUGGUCCUCUCUUUCCUCAUCGCAGGCAUAGCCUCUCUAAUGGCGGCCCUUUGCUACGCUGAGUUUGGUGCACGGGUUCCAAAGACAGGCUCCGCCUACAUGUUCACAUACGUUUCCGUUGGUGAGAUCUGGGCCUUCCUUAUUGGCUGGAAUGUCAUUCUGGAGUAUAUGAUCGGCGGGGCGGCAGUGGCCCGGGCAUGGAGUGGCUACCUGGACUCAAUCUUUAACCACCGCAUCCAGAACUUCACGGAGAGUCAUGUGAUGCGCUGGGAUGUGCCUUUCAUCGCCCAUUACCCAGACCUCCUAGCAGCAGGCAUCCUGGUGGUGGCCUCCAUCUUUAUCUCAUUUGGUGUUCGGGUCUCAUCCUGGCUCAACCACAUCUUCUCCGCCGUCAGCAUGGUGGUUAUCACCUUCAUCCUGGUUUUCGGCUUCAUGCUGGCAGACCCAGCCAACUGGAGUGCCCGAGAGGGAGGGUUCGCCCCCUAUGGGCUCUCGGGGGUCAUGGCAGGAACGGCCACUUGCUUCUACGCCUUUGUUGGAUUUGAUGUUAUUGCAGCUUCCAGUGAGGAGGCACGGGACCCCCAGAAGGCCAUUCCAAUAGCAACAGCCAUUUCCUUGGCCUUGGCCGCCACAGCCUACAUCUUGGUGUCUACAGUUCUGACGCUGAUGGUGCCGUGGCACACACUGGACCCCAACUCUGCGCUGUCUGAUGCCUUCUUCAGAAGGGGAUAUAGUUGGGCCGGCUUUAUCGUGGCUGUGGGGUCCAUAUGUGCCAUGAACACGGUACUUCUAAGCAACCUCUUCUCUCUGCCACGGAUCGUCUACGCCAUGUCAGAAGACGGUCUCUUCUUCCCCAUCUUCUCUCGUGUCAACCCUGUUACCAAAGUACCCGUCAUCGCCAUCCUUGUUUUCGGAAGCCUCAUGGCUUUCCUGGCCCUCAUAUUCGACUUGGAAGCUCUGGUCCAGUUUCUGUCCAUCGGCACACUUCUAGCCUACACCUUUGUAGCAGCUAGCAUAAUCGUGCUUCGUUUCCAACCUGAAAAGACUGCCAGUGCCUCAGGUGGCGGAGGCACCAAAACAGACGCAUCAUCCAUGGCCUCUCCCAACCAACCAGUGGUCCCGAGUGACCCAGGCAUGACCAGAUCCGAGACCCAGACUCUUGCUCAAGAGGCCGGGGAGCUGAAAGAGUACGAGUCCUUCUCAGAUAAGCUCCAGUUAGUGGAGAGGGAGAAGGCAGUUAGAGAAAGACGGGCCCCAGGAAUGCUGAAGGCCUGCUGGGAGCCCUACUUGGGCCGUUUGCUGGGCGACUGUGAGCCGGGAGAUGUGGUGACCUUUUCUGUGACCGCUCUCAUGGUCAGUGCUGUGUCUCUUUGUGCUGUAGUGGUUUUUGGGAACAGCCAUUUGCAUCUUCCUAUGUGGAGCUUCAUCCUGCUGGUGGUGGUCUUCAGCCUGGCCUUUCUCAUCAGCCUGGUGCUUAUCUGGGCCCAUGAACAGCAAAACAAAACCAAGACUUUCCAGGUUCCCCUGGUUCCAUUUGUACCUGGAGCCAGUAUUCUUCUGAAUGUGUUUCUAAUGCUGAAGCUCAGUCUUCUCACCUGGCUCCGAUUUACCAUCUGGCUGGCUGCAGGUCUGCUGGUGUAUUUUGGAUAUGGUAUAUGGCACAGUAAAGAGGGUCUGCGGGAGCUGCAGGGUAACGAUGUUUCGGCUCGAUAUGUGGUCCUACCAAGCGGAAGCCUGGUGGAGACCGUCCAGAACGUCCAACCGGAGGGACACACGCACACACAUGCCUCACAAACCACACACACAUCAGCCACCAACGACCCACAAGCCAACAAAUGAUCUGUCUCUUUGAGAGACAUUUAAUAUGUGUGUGUGUGGAAAGUGUGUGUGUGAAAAUGUUUAUUUGCCAGCUAGUUGUGUUGUUGCGUGUGUGUGUGUGUGCAUGAGUGUGAGUGUGUCUGUUUGUGGGUGUGUGUGCAAGUUCCUUUAUCUUUCAUUUCUCUCUUUAUCUGUUGUGCUCUGUUCUGCCUUUUGCCUGCCUUCCUCUCUGAAGAACACCAGUAGGUUCUGUAUUUGAAAUGAUUUUGGAUUUGAAAACUCUAACUGAUGGAGGUGUGUGUGUUCUCUUGCAUCUCGGCUGCUUUUGCUAAACUGGAUGGAAAUAAUUUAUAUUUAUAAUUUGGCAACUUGUGUCACACUAUGGUGAGUGAAAUUAUAUUAAAUCUAGUCAAUAUAUUAUAACAAAAAAAAUCUGAUUAUGUAUACUCACUCUAAAAACAACUUUACUGGAGAAGAGUAUAACCUUUUAUUAUUAAGUCAUUUUGAAGGAAUUCUAUUAUUCCAUUCAUCAUUUUAAUACAAUCUAUAGAAUAACUGCCAGAUUUACAUUAGGUCAAAAAAGUUUAAAACUUUUUUUUUUUUUUUUUUUUUUGCAGAACAGCACAUAUUGUCUCUAUCAUCAUAUCAAUUUUAAUUUCACAACAAAGUGCUAGAAACUGCCAUCAGAU